AUGGAUAGCAUGAGUGAGGCAUUUGAUCAAAUGCAAAUGGUCAAGGAUGUUCUAGCCAACAGUGAUAAAGUUUCAGAGGUCCUACAAGAGUCUACUCAUCAGUUCAACCUGCUUACUUCACCCACCUUCCUACCAAAGGUCAAGGAUCAAGGGAAAUUCACUCUCCCUUGCACACUUGGGCAUCUUGAGAUUGACAAUGCCUUAGUGGAUUCUGGAGCAAGCAUCAAUCUGAUCUCUCUCUCCAUGGCAGAGAAGCUAGGCAUUGCUGGAGCCUUGCAGCGCCCUACUACUUCAAUCAUGUUUGGAGAUGCAACUUCUAAGUCUCCUCUUGGAGUGUUCAAGAACUAUCACUUGAAAAUUGGAGAAUGCAUCAUCCAAACUGAUCUCACUGUGAUGGAAAUGGAAGAAGAGAAGGAUUUACCUCUGUUAUUGGGAACCCCUUUCCUUAGUACAGUUGGCGCUUCAAUAGACUUUCACAAGCAAGAAGUGAUCCUUCACAAGGUGAAUAGUUUGGUGUCAUAUCGCUUGCAGCCUAGAGGUUCAGACUUUUGUGCCACAAUUGACAGUACCACUCUCAGUUCUAAGAGUCAUGGAGCUACAAAGGUUGUGAAGGAAAGGGUUGACAAAGAACCAAGAGUUGGGAAGGAUAAGGAUGAGAGAGGACCAAGGAUUGAGAAGCCACGUCUUGAGAGGGCUAGAGUUGAGAAACCACGAUCUGAUAGGCCACGAGCUGAGACUUGUUCAAGCCCCUUGUGUGCUUGA